GCGUCGGACAUGCUGAAGCCCGGAGACCCCGGCGGCUCGGCAUUCCUCAAAGUGGACCCAGCUUAUCUGCAGCACUGGCAGCAACUCUUCCCGCACGGCGGCGGCGGCCCGCUCAAGGGCAGCGGUGCCGCGGGUCCCCUGGGCGCACCGCAGCCUCUCCAGCCGCCUCCCCCCCCGGAGCGCACUGAGCCCCAGCCGGACAGCCUGCGCCCGCGGCCCGCCUCGCUCUCCUCCGCCUCCUCCACUCCGGCUUCCUCCUCCACCUCGGCCUCCUCUGCCUCCUCCUGCGCCGCGGCCGCCGCGGCCGCCGCCGCCGCCGCGCUGGCCGGUCUCUCGGCCCUGCCCGUGGCGCAGCUGCCAGUGUUCGCGCCUCUGGCCGCCGCCGCCGUCGCCGCGGAGCCGCUGCCCCCCAAGGACCUGUGCCUCGGUGCCGCCUCGGGCCCGGGGCCCUCCAAGUGCGGAGGCGGCAGCGGCGGCGUCGGCGUCGGGGAUGGCCGGGGCGUCGCGCGCUUCCGCUGCAGCGCGGAGGAGCUGGACUAUUACCUGUACGGCCAGCAGCGCAUGGAGAUCAUCCCGCUCAACCAGCACACCAGCGACCCCAACAACCGUUGCGACAUGUGCGCGGACAACCGCAACGGCGAGUGCCCCAUGCACGGGCCGCUGCACUCGCUGCGCCGGCUCGUGGGUACCAGCAGCGCCGCGGCCGCCGCGCCCCCUCCGGAGCUGCCCGAGUGGCUUCGGGACCUGCCACGGGAGGUGUGUCUGUGCACCAGCACCGUGCCCGGCCUGGCCUACGGCAUCUGCGCGGCGCAGAGGAUCCAGCAGGGCACCUGGAUUGGGCCCUUCCAGGGCGUGCUCCUGCCCCCGGAAAAGGUGCAGGCCGGCACCGUGAGGAACACGCAGCAUCUCUGGGAGAUAUAUGACCAAGAUGGGACACUACAGCACUUUAUUGAUGGUGGGGAACCUAGUAAGUCGAGCUGGAUGAGGUAUAUCCGAUGUGCAAGGCACUGCGGAGAACAGAAUCUAACAGUAGUUCAGUACAGGUCGAAUAUAUUCUACCGAGCCUGUAUAGAUAUUCCCAGGGGUACCGAGCUUCUGGUGUGGUACAAUGACAGCUAUACGUCUUUCUUUGGGAUCCCUUUACAAUGCAUUGCCCAGGAUGAAAACUUAAAUGUCCCCUCGACGGUCAUGGAAGCCAUGUGCAGACAGGACCCCCUGCAGCCCUUCAACAAGAGCAGCAAACUCUCCCCCGCCGCCCAGCAGCGCUCCGUCGUCUUCCCACAGACUCCGUGCGGCAGGAACUUCUCCCUCCUGGAUAAGUCUGGGCCCAUGGAAUCAGGAUUUAAUCAAAUCAACGUGAAAAACCAGCGAGUCCUUGCAAGCCCGACCUCCACCAGCCAGCUCCACUCGGAGUUCAGUGACUGGCAUCUUUGGAAGUGCGGGCAGUGCUUUAAGACUUUCACACAGAGGAUCCUGUUACAGAUGCACGUGUGCACGCAGAACCCCGACAGACCAUACCAAUGCGGCCACUGCUCCCAGUCCUUUUCCCAGCCUUCAGAACUGAGGAACCACGUGGUCACUCACUCCAGUGACCGGCCUUUCAAAUGUGGCUACUGUGGUCGUGCCUUUGCUGGGGCCACCACGCUCAACAACCACAUCCGAACCCACACUGGAGAAAAGCCCUUCAAGUGCGAGAGGUGUGAGAGGAGCUUCACGCAGGCCACCCAGCUGAGCCGACACCAGCGGAUGCCCAAUGAGUGCAAGCCAAUAACCGAGAGCCCAGAAUCAAUCGAAGUGGAUUAACUGAUUGACUGGUUGGAAUUAAACUUCAAGGAAAGUCAUGAUUAAAUGUCACGGACACUUAAGCAAAACCAAAGAUUUCCUCUGAGCAACUUUCAAUCAGUCCCGGAAAACCAAAAGCAGUAAUAAAAUAAGUAAGAUGUUAAGAGAUAUUGAUCCUGGCGUGGAAGUCAGACCAGGAGAGAGAUUAUUUAUUUAUGACUAGGGAUGAGACUCAUUUCAGUGGACAACUAACCUGGGAUGGCUCACAUUUCCAGUCCCACCGUGUAUUUGCUUUGUUUCUAAAAAGCUUUUUGAAACUGUUAUUUAAUACCAAAGGGAGGAAUCGGAUGGGUUCUUCUGCCUUCAGUUGUGACUAAGAAUGCACAGGGACUUGUUUCUCGUUGCACCUUUUUUAGUAGCAUGAUUCAAGGGGAACCAUUGUACAGCCCUCUUCCUGCUGUUUCAGUUUGGCCUGGCCUGCCUCAGGCUGCCCAGCAGGGACCACAGAUUCGGGAGCCAGAGCCUUCGCUGAGUCCAGGCCAUCUUCAGCCCCACGGGUGCUCCAUUUCUGUGUUUUCUACUCUUAUUAUUUCUCAUGCACUUUUCUCACGGCUCCUUCCAUCCAGCAGCCUGGUCUUGAUGCAGAAGAGCCUGGAAGUGGAAGAAGAUGGUUUAAAAUUCAAAAUUCAAGGGGAAAAAAAAAUGGCGACUUACGGUGUCCUGUCAAGAUUUCAAAAACAUUUAAAAUGUACGGAGCUUCAUAAUACAGUAUAUUGUUCUGAAGCAGCUAGUGAGAAAAUUUUGUUUUCAAUAACAUUUUACCUUAAAAAAAACCCACGAAAAUAAAGUUCUUCAGUAUGAGGCUGAAUAUAA